AUGAAGAGGAAGAUAAUGAGGAUUACGAGGACAGUAAUGGUGAACGUCACAAAAGACGCCGCCCUGGCAAGCCAGGCAAACCAGCGCAACCUGCUCAACCGGUUCAACCGGCUAAACCCGUGCAGCCAACACAACCAAGCCAACCAGCUCAACCUAGCCAGCCAGGACAACCAGGUCAACCUCACAAACCAAGCAAGCCUGAACAACCAGGCAGCACGCCACAACAACCAGCUCAACCUAGCCAGCCACGACAACCAGGUCAACCUCACCAACCAAGCAAGCCUGAACAACCAGGCAGCACGCCACAACAACCAGCUCAACCUAGCCAGCCAGGGCAACCAGGUCAACCUCACCAACCAAGCAAGCCUGAACAACCAGGCAGCACGCCACAACAACCAGCUCAACCUAGCCAACCAGGGCAACCAGGUCAACCAAGCACGCCUGAACAACCAGGCAACACCCCACAACCAGGAGGUCCAGGCACUCCAAGCCAACCAGACACUCCAAGCCAACCAGUGCAACCUGGGCAAUCUGGACAACCGGGACAAUCUGGACAACCAGGUGAGUCUAAGUGUAAAAGCUUCUAUACAGGGUCAACCAGGACAACCAGGUGAUAUUGAUGAAACCGACAUCGAAAAGAAAAAGAGGAUAAUCAAAUCAGAAACUGAGGAAUUCGAUGAGAGCGAGGAAGAAAGGGAGAGACGCUUCAAGAAACAAAAGGAAAUAGAAGAAGAGGAAGAUUAUGAGGAUUACGAGGACAGCAAUGGUAAACCAGGACAACCAGGUGAUAUUGAUGAAAUCCACAUCAAAUCAGAAACUGAGGAAGACGACGAGGAGACCGAGGAGAAAAGGGAGAGACGCAUCAAGAAACAGAUAGAUGAAGAGGAAGAUAAUGAGGAUUACGAGGAGAGCAAUGGUGAACGUCACAAAAAACGCCGCCCUGACGCUGACCAACCAGGCGGCUUUCCACAACGACCAAGCAAGCCUGACCAACCAAGCAAGCCUGACCAACAAGGCGGCUCCCCACAACGACCAAACAAGCCUGAACAACCAAGCAAGCCUGAACAAACAGGCGGCUCUCCACAACGACCAAGGAAGCCUGACCAACCAAGCGGCUCUCCACAACGACCAAGGAAGCCUGAACAACCAAGCACGCCUGAACAACUAGGCGGCUCCCCACAACAACCAAGCAAGCCUGACCAACCAAGCAAGCCUGACCAACCAAGCACGCCUGAACAACCAGGUGGCUCUCCACAACGACCAAGGAAGCCUGAACAACCAAGCACGCCUGAACAACCAAGCACGCCUGAACAACCAGGUAAACCAGGACAACCAGGUGAUAUUGAUGAAACCGACAUCAAAAAAAUGAAAAAGAGGACAAUCAAAUCAGAAACUGAGGAAGACGACGAGGAGACCGAGGAGAAAAGGGAGAGACGCAUCAAGAAACAGAUAGACGAAGAGGAAGAUUAUGAGGAUUACGAGGACAGCAAUGGUAAACCAGGACAACCAGGUGAUAUUGAUGAAAUCGACAUCGAAAAAAUGAAAAAGAGGAUAAUCAAAUCAGAAACUGAGGAAGACGACGAGGAGACCGAGGAGAAAAGGGAGAGACGCAUCAAGAAACAGAUAGACGAAGAGGAAGAUUAUGAGGAUUACGAGGACAGCAAUGCCAGGAACAUUGAGAAAGUGGUCAUUGAUCAUAUUAGGAUCAUUAAAACGAUCAGAGAGACCCUGUCGGCUAUUAGAGUCAUCUAA